CAACAUACUGUGAGGUAGAUAUAAACCUGUGGAAGUGUGUUUGAAAACUUCACACUGACGUGCUUGCACACAGAGAGAAGACAUAAGCAGGAAUCAACUUUCGACGAUAUCCACACUUCCAUGAGGUCGAUGAUUGCCACAACACUGGUGUAACAGGCUCAAGUUUUGACGUCGUGGCGUCUUUUUUUUUCUCUGAUCCGACACUAUCCAUUCCAUCUUGAAGCAGACUGAAGACUGUUGAACAUUUAAUCAUGAUGGAGACGAAAGUUAGCAGUGGCACAAAGCUCCACAGCUCCUUCAGUAUCAGCAGUAUGUUAGGGGACACGCUGAAAGAAAAUGAAGAGAAAGAACAACCUCAGCAAGUGCCGUCCAUGCCGGCGUCUCCAGAAAAUGUACCCGGCGAGCAGGUUGUAAAUGAGGAUGAUGGCGAUGUAGACGUGGAGAGCUGUGAAGCAGCAGGCGAAAGUGAAGAGACAAUAAAAACAUUCCACUCCGACGUUGACGACAAGGAAAAUGUCGCAGAUGAAGGGAUGGGGGACAACUUGAAAGAUAAAGACACCGAGUCAAAAGAUGCUGACACAAAAGACGAGAAAGAAGGGGGGAAGAAAUAUGAAAAGCCGCCUUUUAGUUACAACGCUCUGAUAAUGAUGGCGAUUCGAAGCAGUCCAGAAAAGAGACUAACUUUAAAUGGAAUCUAUGAGUUCAUCAUGACAAAUUUUCCGUACUAUAGAGAAAACAAGCAAGGCUGGCAGAACUCUAUUCGUCAUAACUUAAGCUUAAACAAAUGCUUUGUGAAAGUCCCUCGCCAUUACGACGACCCAGGUAAAGGUAACUACUGGAUGCUGGACCCAUCAUGCGACGACGUCUUCAUCGGUGGGACGACAGGAAAACUGCGACGCCGUUCCACGGCUGCGUCUCGCAGUCGACUCGCAGCUCUGAAAAGGACGGGCAUUCCACGUCUCUUGCCUCCGGGUUACCCGUACCCAACAAUGUCAGACAAGUCCUCUCCCAUGUUCGGCUGGCCCAUCUCGCCGAUGCUAUCUUUAUCACAACAAACAGCUCUCCGGUAUAGCGCAGCCAUGGCUGGAUAUCCGUACGGCAGCUUAUUGGCAUCACCGCCAGCGAUCCCGACUCGUCCUCCGGUGCCAAACAAUUUCUCCGUAGACAGACUGUUAUCAAGUGACACCGCCCCAACUCACGGGGGAAGUGCUAUGCCACAAACUCUAAGAAACGGGCUUAGUUUAUCAAGCCCGUCUCCACUGAACCCGGCUACCUUGACAUCUCAGGCUGGCUAUCUCUUUCCGCACUUGGCUCAAGCGCACGCGGCAGCUGCUGCCGCAGGGACUGACGUGUACUCACGCCUGGCCUUAUCUCAGCACCCGUCCUUCGCAGCGUCCGCAGCCUUCGGUUUCCCCGCGACCGGCCUAGGAACAACGUCAGACAGUCCUAUAGUCGUAAGGCAACCUUAAUACUCUGCAUGACAAAGACUUCUGUGAAGACUUUUACUGUGCAUAACGUAAAUUUAUCACCAUUUUUCAUACAAAAAUGAUUAUUCUAUUCCGAUGCUCACUACAUGUGCAGUGAUUUUCAUUUUUGAAAGUUAUUUAAUUAUUACGCUUAUUUGUAUAAUAUUUUCAUCAUUGUCAUCUUCUAUUUAUGCACGUGUAUAUUUUUGCAUGUCACAUCCAAGCUCAUGAAAUUCAUUGUUACUAUAAUGAUUUAUUAGGUUCGUUAUUAUUGUAUUUUUUUUCUUUUUUUAUUUGUAAAUACACGCUGGCCUUUUUGUUGUAAACAGAGACGAAUUCUUAGUGUCUCAUUCAGUGGCAAUGACGCUAGGGCAGAUUUGUCUCUGACCCUAGAGAAAUAAGUACCAAAGAAUAUUAUCGCAAUUUUCACAGCCAAAUCUGUUUUCACUUGAUAUGUAGACUUUAAGUCAUGCCUUUUUUUAAUUCGUUGUAAACGCCGAUUCGGUGAGAGCGUUAACAUGACAAAAUAUACAUAUAUAUUUGUGUUUCACUUUUUUUUGUAUUUUAUAUUAAAAUACUACGUUCACCCCAGAGAAUUACCAUGACAACAACCAGUAUUUAUAGAGUUGUUUCAUGUGAAAUGUGAAUUAUAUCAUAUUUAGACUUAAUAACGCUAAUAUUGAAGUGUUCAAUGGUCACCCUUUGUUGUUGUUUGAAUGAUGUCUAAUCUUGAUUUCAUGGUAAAUAUUAUGGCGAA